CGCGACCAUUUUGCGGGGGGGAUCGGCUGAGCAGCGGCCCGAGCGGCGGCGGCGGAGCGGCGGAGACCGGGCCCGGGGCGGCCGCACGGGCCUCGCAGCGCAGCCGGUGUCUGCCGCGGCGGAGCCAGCGCCUGAGCAGGGGGGGAGAGGCGGCUCCGGAGGCGCGGCCCGAGGCGCUGGGCCCAGGGCUCCCGCUCGCUCCGGGGAGGGGACGGGCGACGCCGAGCCCGCACCGAGAGACCGCUCCGCUCCUCCUUCCGCUCCGCUCCGGGCCCCGCUGCCCGCGCCGGGCCCCAACCGCCGGGGAAGAUGUCCAGGCCUGUCAGGAACAGGAAGGUGGUCGAUUAUUCCCAGUUUCAGGAAUCAGAUGAUGCUGAUGAAGAUUAUGGAAGAGAUUCAGGUCCCCCAUCCAAGAAAAUCCGUUCAUCUCCCCGGGAGGCUAAAAAUAAGAGGAGAUCUGGGAAGAACUCUCAGGAGGACAGUGAGGAUUCAGAAGAAAAAGAUGUGAAGACUAAGAAAGAUGAUUCACACUCGGCAGAUGAAGAUUUUGGCAGCGAAGAUGAUGACUUAGGAGCAGAUGAUGGCAAAGCUGACAGUGACUAUGAGAGCUCUCAAAAAAGCAAAAAAGGAAAAAAGGCUAAACCAGAAAAGAACAAGAGGGCAGCCUCCAAAUCCAGGAAAAGGCCUGCAGAGGACAGUGAGGAUGAAAAAGAAGACCACAAAAACGUGCGUCAGCAACGACAGGCAGCGUCCAAAGCAGCCUCUAAACAACGGGAGAUGCUUAUGGAUGAUGUGGGGAGCGAGGAGGAAGAACAAGAGGAUGAUGAAGCACAGUUCCAGGAGACAGAUUCAGGAAGCGACGAAGACUUCCUCAUGGAAGAUGAUGAUGAUAGUGACUAUGGCAGUUCAAAAAAGAAAAACAAAAAGGUCUCCAAGAAAUCCAAGCCAGAGAGGAAAGAAAAGAAAAUGCCAAAGCCCAGGCUAAAGGCUACAGUGACCCCCAGCCCAGUGAAAGGCAAAGGGAAGGCAGGCCGCCCCACAGCUUCCAAGGCAACAAAAGAAAAGACCCCAUCCCCUAAAGAAGAGGAUGAAGAGCCUGAAAGUCCCCCAGAAAAGAAAAAAUCAGCCAGCCCUGCACCAGAGAAGUCAGGGGAUGAGGGCUCUGAAGAUGAAGCACCCUCUGGGGAAGAUUAAAUGGCAGUUGAGGAAGUCUUUGUUUAAAAAAAAAAAAGGAAAAAAAGAAAAAAUCCAACAAAAAAAAGAAAAAGGAAAAGAAAACACACUUAGGGGUAGAACACGGUUUUGGCUGUGGCUUGACUCAUGGGCUUUGAAUGCUGUCUUUACUUUCAGCUCUUUAAUACAGUGUAUCCUUUUUUUAAUAAGAGGAAACCCUUACACAGUCCUGUUUUGAAGUCAAUGUUCUCUGUUGGCCAUUCUGUUCUCCCUCCCCCAGGAAAGCCAUUGGAGACAAAAUUAACAGACCUUUGAAUAUAUAUAUAUAUAUAUAUUUUUCUUUCAAGGGAUAACUGCAGUUGUGAAGCAAUAAGGGUUGAGGCUGAUACAUGGAAACCAUACUUACAAAUCCUUGUUAGAGUAGAUUGCCCAGUGCUGGUAAGAGUUCUUUCAAACUAUUCUUCUGUGUUUGAAUCUGUGGGGAAAAUGAAGCUAUGCUUUAACAGACUUCUGGUAGGAAUUCCAAUUGAGGAAGAGGAAACACAGGGAGGAAACCUGUGUUUCUUGGAUUCAGGCAUGCUUUUCAUGGAAAGCAAUCAUGAGACUUGAAGAUGGGCCACUGUCUUCUAUUUAGCAAAGACCCUCUGAUCAGGAUGCAAGAUCUUUUGUGUUUGCUGGAGAGAAUACUGUUCUGCGAUAGGAGAAUUGCAGUUUAUUCUCUACAAAUCCAGAUAGACAGCCUACAAGCUUCUCCCAUCCCUUAAUUCUUCCACAGUUGGCUAUAGGUGGGCAGGAUAGGGAAGAAAAAUUGCAAACCAUUUGAAAACCUCUGGUUUCCAGUUUGGGAUUGUGGCAAAUGUCUGUAAAGUUUUCCCAAGGAAACAAAACAAUCAAUGGGUAGUCUAAAACUAAAUUCUUUAGCUUUUGGGGCGAGGGAUGUCCUUUCCUAAAUGUGAAGCAAAGGAUUCCUGUAAUGCUCUUGUCAGUCUCGGAUCCCAUGAGUCACGCUGAAGUGUUUCUCUUCUCUCCCUCCAUCUGGCCUCAGGAGGCUGUGUAGUCAGAGCUCAGCCUCUCCAGCUCCAGUGCUGGACAUCAGACUUCCAUGGUAGUGCACAUCACCAUGAUCCCACUUCCAUGUCUUCAUCCUGCAGUGUGGGAGGCUUUGCUCUCACAUUGACCUGGCUGCUUCUGACUGUUGGUCGUCAUUCUGCUCCCUAAGCCUGAGCAGUGCUGACUAGGGAACAGUGGUAAAGGAUGAAGUUAGGAGGAAGUGGAGUUUGGAAGCAGUGUAGCAGGGCUCUAUUGUUCCCUAAUAAAAAAGCAGGAUGUCCCCCUCAAAAUGCAAGACACUUGAGAUGUGUGUGGUGGCAUUUAAAUGUGUUUUUAUCCAAGCAGCCAUAUCCUUGUUUUCUAAAGUACCCAAGCCCUGGGUUUCAAACCCCAAUGCAGAGGUUGCUGCCAUGUUUGUUGGUGGAAGUACUCAAAACUGGACCUGCCGUUUUUCUCUUUUUGAAACCCUUUGUGCUUUCUCUGUGUCGCUCACAGUUAUCUAUAGCUGAGAAGCUUUGCAUCCUUUCUUUUUGUCACAGGACUACACAGUUUGUAACCAGCCUCUUGAAGGUUAACAUAAGGCAGCUAAUCAGUUGGAUUGCUGGUGCACGUGCUACCAGGUGUUUAAUCCUAUCUGGAUUGUAGAGAGAGACACUAAUAUGAUCAGGAAGGACAUUGGGCUGAAUGGCGUAGGAAGCCUGGAGAUGCUGAUGAGCACAGUGUGGAGCCUAAAAUGUGGAAUGACUAUUAAUCUAACAGCCGAGUGAUUGUCUUGUGUGAUUCAUAGCCAUGGAUUUUAUUGAGGCUGGUAAAUUACUUUACCUUGGCUUAUAAAGAAUUAAGUUCUCUAAUAUUCUUUACUCUAAUGAAACUACUGUUGCCGUUACAAUAAAGAUGAUCAGUGUUUCCAUUGUAAAUCUUCUUUUUUAAGUGGUUUAAUUUUGUAGAACAGCUUAAGGCUGGAGCUGAAGCAUCAGCUCUUGAUAAAGAAGCGAAUGUAAUCCCCUCUCCUCUCCCACCCCUCUUCCCACUUUCCAGGUUUCUGGGAGAGCAGAGUCUCUUACCUCCACUUCUUGGGUAAUACGGGGAAAACAAGCGGCCAUGUUUUCAAAAGCAGUUGGAUUAAAACUGGGGAUAGAACACACUUUUGUGACUGUCUGGGCCACGGGGUUGUUCCCCUUCAGUCCAGACUAUUUCAACCUAUUGUCUAUUGGCUUCUUAGGCAGUUUUUUUUGCUAUUAACUGUAGAAUACCUCUAGCUGACUGGUCAAACGGUUGGUUCUUUACCUGCCAGACCAGGGGUUAUUCCCUGAAGAGUGUCUUUUGUAAGUUCCGCUUUAUGAUCUUCUUUUGCUAACACAGGUAACUAAAGUGAAGGCUGUGAAAAACGAGAUCCUGUUGUUCUCAGUUCAGGUUUUGGACUGGAUUCUUUCCUGCCUGGCAGUUUCAGCCCUUGCUCUAACAAACCUGGUCUGCUUUCUCAUCCGUUCACCUCACAGCUGGUACAGGCUGCUUGAUGCUUCUCUUGGAGUUUGUCACAACCCAAACACGAUGGCAACCCUGUGCUGCUGCUGGGGUUUUGUACCUUUUGCUGUAUCUGACUGUUUUGUGCAAACACUAAGUUAAGCCCAAAUGGUUUCUUGGCUCCUCUGGUAGGUUUCCAUUUUUACAGGUAGAAGAAAAUAGUGAAGGUUGAUAGUUUUUAUUGUUUAUAGCAGACAGCAUUUUUCACUAGUGGCACUUACCAUUUCUAAAUGUCCUUUUUACUUAAUUUGUGUGAAGCAUUCUGUUUUCUUGAAGGGCAGCUGUGAAAAACGCCUUUCUUUAGGAGUGGGAAUAGUUUCAGUCACAGAAGAAGCCUUUGAGAAAGAUUCUCUUCUGUUCCACAGCUGUAGUUUUGGAGCCUUUGCAGAGAGGUAAAUGGAUUUAUUCCAAAGUUCAGUUAAGUAGUGCCCUGCUCUUAGUCUUUAAAUGGUAGUCCAGAACUAACUUCCAUUAUAUAGCCUUUUGUCCGUUCUGUUUCUGAAUCUGCAGCACCACGUUCAGUUUUGCAGCUCUCUGUCAAUAGUCCUGCCUUUAGUAGGCCACAAGUCUUGAACACUGGCAAUUUCAGUUGGAAUUUCAUGCUAAGGAUUAUUUGCUUCACAUCCUAUUUGAUCAGCACAGGAAUGCCAAACAUGCCAAGCAAAAUGGGGUUUCGGAAUGGAUUUGUAGGGGAGAGCAAGACUUGGAAAUGAGGCAGCCAAGAAGUUUUUCAUUCUCUUUUAGCUUCAUCAAAGCAGAAGAGCAUGUGGGGAGAGAAGCAGCACACCUUAGAUGGCUUCUGCUUGGGAGCCUGGCCACCGCCAGGGCUCUGUGCUGAGUGUGCUCAGCUCCUGUGCCACCCAGGGCAGCAUCAGCAGUGGCAGGAGAUGUGCUGGAAUUCCUUUCUUUUUUCCCUUUUUUUUCUUUCCUUUUUUUUCCCCUCCACUGGUGAUGGUCCCAAAGGUACAAUGAACACUGAGGCACCCAGGUGAAGGAGGGAGGGAAGUAAACUGUAACAUGCUGGAAGCUUUUGAGCUGUAGAAACUGGUGCUUUGCUUUAUGUAAUUUGUUUGUGAAGUGUUUAUUUUUAUAACAGAUCAUAUUGUUGAACACAUGGUUCUUAAAAACUACAAACUGAUCCAUGAGUUUAAUAGUUGAGAAGUGGAUGUUCAUCUGUUGGGGGAGGCAGGAUCUGAUAAUGUAAGCAGAUGGAUGUUUAAAGGGACACUGUCACAAAAUAGUUGCUGGCAUAUAGGAGAUGUUAGUUUGGGGGGGGGGUGGGUCACAUCUAUAUGUGGAAAUUAUAUAUUCUAUAUGUAUAUGAUCAAAUAGACAAUUUUCCCUGAACUUUGACUAUUUUCCUACAGUUUUGGGAGGUUGAAAUACAAGUUCUGCUCAUGACAAUAGUAAGCAACACUAACUGUUCUGUUCUUACUGUCCAAGGUGACUUUUGGUUUAAGUAUUCUUGAGGAGCAUCAGAGCUCUGAAAGAUGACAGUGUCCUUCCGUGACCUCCCCUGAUCAAGUGUAUCCUUGUUUUAGACUUCCCACCUCAGUAGAUGACUGGCAUUUGAAUGUCUUUUCAUUGAACUCUUUCUAUUAAAACCAAACCACAACUGUUUCUUAAGUGUAGUCAAGUUCUCGCCAUGUGCUGACUCUUGUGUCUCGACCACUAUCGGGAUUGACUCUAGACUGCCUGCCCCCCUCACCGCGAGCGGGUCCAUCGCCGGAGCAUGCUCAGUGUGACUGCAAACACCAUUGUGCAUAUGCUUUGUAUAUUGGGGCGAGGGUUUUUUAUAUAUAUAUUUUGGGAGGGGUCGUGGGUGGGAUGGAGAAAAUGACUCAAAUCAGCUUAAGCCAGACUAAUGUGUGUAAAAGCCCCCCAAAGUAUUCUGUGUGUGAGUGCGCGGGUGUGAGUGCGCGCAUGGGAGCGUCUGCCAUCUCCUUCCCUUUGUGUUCUGCAGAUCUGUGAGUUUGACUUUUCUUUCCCCGCAGAAGCAAUUGUUCCAGAAUAAAAUUGUAAAUAAGAGCUACGUACUUUUUUGUUUGAACCGUGAACAUCGAGUCACAGCAAACCCUGAAUGAUCACUUGGAAGGUAGAGGAGGAGACUCCAGGUAGGGCCUUGGGCCUCUGGCCGUCAGCAAGGCAGCAUUAGAUGGGAUGCAGUGACUACUUGUCUUGAGUAUUUGCCAUCCCCCAGUGAGCUUGGCCCAAAACCAAGCUCUUUGCAGUCCCCCUCUCAUGCCUUGUAGCAGAGAGAGGAAGGGGCUACUGCAAACAGCAUUCUGGUGCCAUUGGCAGAGGGGGGGCUGUUUCCAUCAGCCUGGUGCUUGCAAUACCUUGACAACGCUGAGAUCUACGGCAUGGUACUCGCAGUGAAGUCUGAAUGUAACAUUAAUGCUUUAUUUAAAAUAAAAGCAACAGUUUUAUUUUUAAUUAUUCUAAUGAAAGGGGUUGAAGUGGCCAUGCCUGGUGACCAUGUUCAUGGCUUUCUAGCUGCAACCUUCAUUGGUAGAGUUGUGUGAUGGUCUUUUGUGCGACUUAAUUUGACAUAUUCCAGUCUCUGUAUGUACCUGCAACGAAAGAAAAAAGAGAAAAAACCACAAAAACAACCCCCUGCUUUGCUUUUCUUGAGAGGGUUCCCAGGACUGCAUACCUGCUCCUGAGCUCUGGUUUAAGUAUGUGUAUCCUUCGCUUGUAUUUUGUAUUAAAAGAAACCACAAAGAAAAAGAACCCUUUAUUGUUCAGCAUGUUGGAAUUGUGUCCCCUCUUAUUUUUUCUCCUUUUUGGAAUAUAUUAAGCAACUCAUUCUUCUGUAUCUUUUAUUUUCUUUUGUAAACUUUUUGGUUUUGUUUAAAAAUGGCUUUAUAAAAGGGCUUUUAUAACCCA